UGGUCUACGUCUUGUCCAAAAAUUGGCUGCAAGUAUUUGCAAGUUACUGAUUUUUUUCCUUUUUUAGAUACUAUGGCAGAGUCUAAACGCACGCUUUUUUUAAUAUGGCACAGUGAACCAGUACCAACAAAAAAAUUUCUAAUGGUUGAAAAUCAUAUAUUUUCUAACGUCAUUGAUCGCUCAAAGUAUAGUGAAGAGCAAACUCGCAAAAUUCAAAAACAAUUAAGAAAUUUCAUAAGCAAACUUGUAGAAAAGUGGAAAGAAUGUCAUAGGGUUAUGUCAGUGUUCGAAGAGCGAAAUAAGAAAUGGUUGGAUGAAAAUAUAAUUUUUUCUAAGCCAACUGUUCAUCACCGUAUACAAAAACCUUUUUCAGAGUGUACAAUGAAAACUAAAAAAAAAAAAAUUGCAUCAGUUGUUAACGAAACACCUAACCAAGAGUUAAUGGUAGCGGCAAGCGUAAGUCUUUACAAAGCUGGAAAAAGAAAUGCUUCACAGGUUGUUUCAAAAUUGUUUGAAGAAAGUUCGACUGCUUCGAAAAUGCUUAAGUCUGUAAGCUCUGAACAAAAAACCCCAAUUCCGUAUACACCUGAGGAAGCUUUAUCUCUUUAUAUAGAUGGCGGAUACUCAAAAAGGUCGUACAAAAUAAUGCAAUAUGGUGCCAAAGAACGAAACUGCAAUAUUUAUCCAAGCUACGAUAUUUUACUUAAGGCUAAAACAGAGUGUUACCCCAGUGGCAUACACGUAACUGAACUUUCAGCGGAAGUUGCCCUGCAAAGUCUUGUAGACCAUACUGUUGCACGUAUAGUACAAGGAUUUUCCAAAUCUUUUGAAGGUGUUUUGACUGCAGCCAAUAUUAAUGACAGCAUAAAAGCAAUAUUUAAAUGGGGCUGUGACGGCAGCAGUGGUCACUCCACUUACCGUCAACGUUUUAGUGCUUCUGAUUGUGAAAUAACUGAUGAGUAUUUAUUUGCUGUAUGUAUUGUGCCUUUACAAAUUAAAAAAGGAGACGCUGUUCUAUGGCAAAAUAACAGGCCUUCUUCAACUCGGUUCUGCAGACCCAUUAAAAUAAUUUUUGAAAAAGAGUCAGCGGAGUUAGUUAAGGUUGAGAUAGAUAAUAUUAAAAGGCAAAUUGUAAGCAUUGUUCCGACAAAGUUGAGUUUUUUCGAAGUAGUACAUGAAUUCCAUUUAACAAUGAUUGAUGGGAAAGUUUUUAACACUUUAGCGGGCUCAUCAUCGCAGGCCUGUGGAAUUUGUGGAGCAACACCAAAAUUCAUGAAUAAUCUAAAUAAUGUUCAAUUGAGACAACCACAGGAGCACUUGUAUGAGUACGGAUUGUCAACACUCCAUGCUUGGAUACGGUGCUUUGAGUGUAUAAUUCAUAUCGCCUAUAGAAUACCCAUACAAAAUUGGCAAAUUCGUGGAGAACAUAAAGAAAUCGCUCAGCAAACCAAAAGAAAGAUUCAACUUGAGCUAAAAGAAAAAAUGGGUAUAUUGGUGGACAUUCCCACGAAAGGAUCAGGCAAUACAAACACUGGGAAUACUGCAAGAAUAUUUUUCCAGCAUCCAAUUUUAGCCUCUACAGUAACUGGCGUAAAAGUAGAACUUAUAAAAAGGCUUUUCGCAUAUAUGCUUGGAAUACAGCAGAAUUAUUUGUUUCCGAAUAUCCUUGGUUUUAUAUGCCUCCAUCUGUACAUAAAAUAUUAAUACACGGAGCAGAUAUUAUUGAAAAAGUUUCGCUACCAAUAGGAAUGAUGUCAGAAGAGGCACUUGAGGCAAGAAAUAAAGAUUUUCGCAGUUAUAGACGGAACCAUACGCGAAAAAACUCAAGGUUGAAUACAAUGGAAGACUUAAUACACACUCUUUUAGUUUCUUCAGAUCCUAUUAUUACAUCUAAGUCUAAAAGCACCUCCAAGUACUCCAAAAAUCACAUUGAAAUAGAUGAUGAGGUCAAAAACCUUCUUUUACAUAUAAAUGAUCUACCUGACGGCAGUAAUUCUGAGAGCUCCGACUCUGAAUAGUUUUUUUUUUCUAAUAAAACAUAAAAACAUAUAAAUAAAUAAUUAACACAUAUUUUUAGAAUAAAGUAAUGCAUUUUUUCAUUGUAUUUAAGAAGCUAUUAAG